CUUGCUGCCGACUGACCUUGCCUUGCUUUCUUCGCGAGCGACUUCGACGCUUUCCUUGUUGCUCUUGACCACCACCCUCGUCGUCUGCCCAGCUUCAACGUUCAUCGCACAGCUCGUCUUUGAUUCUGUUGUUCAUCUAUCAACGAGUCACUACAGAUGGUAUCGACGCAAACAGUGGUCACAGCUCCCUUCGACCGCGUUCCCAACGAGAUCAUUGAACAUGUCGGUUUCUUCACCGCAACCCUAGGCCCCCCUGGUCCCCCAGCCGACCUUAUUUCUCUCCAGCUCGUCUCUCGCCGCUUCGCAUCCACGCUCUCCACGUCCACGAACCCGCAUCUCUACGUCCUGAUCUUCAGGGCCAAAUUCGAUGCCGAGGCUUAUUUCAGGAGGUUGGGGCCCGAGGCGAAGAUCUCGGAGAACGUGAUCAGAGAGCUGAAGAGGAGGUUCACGCUGUUGACGAGGUUUAGGAGGCUCCAGCAUUGUUUCGUGCAGGUACAGCAGAUGCAGACCACGAACGCGCCGAUCCCGCGCCUCCCUGGGCAUGGGGCUAUUCCGAGCCCUAGCCCAACCGCACCUGCCGAAGGAGAUCACCAUACUCCUGCUGCGAGUGGAAGUGAGAGGGAGAAUCAGAGCGAGAGGAAGGGGGACGGAGACGGAGACGGAGACGAGGAUGGAGCGAAGGCGACUUUGAAGACGAAGGAGAUGCUUUGGAUGGCGUAUCUCAUGAUGCUCGAGAACGACGGACUGAACGAGCGAACGCUCAGGAAGUAUGCGAGGCUCGAUAUUUGGCUUCGUAACUUUUGGUUCGAUCCCGAGGGGGCGAGCUUCGCUACGUAUGCUAUCAAGGAUAAUAUCUGGCCGCCGGACUCGGAGUUCUCGACGCUGGCGAUGUGGUUGUUCUGGUUCCUGCUCAAGCCAGAGGAGUAUUUUGUCCUCGACGAACAGACCUUCCGCUCCGUCGUCAGCAUCCUCAAGCUUAUCGCGCUGGGCGCACACAAGUACCCAGUAACCCAGCCCGAAUGGAUCGACUUCCUCCCCCCAUCCCCCCUACGCAACACCACCCCGACAUCCUACGCCUCCUACCCCCCGCUCGUCGCCCCGCCUCUCGCCGCGCCCGCGAUCCUGAGCUAUCUCAGUCUGGCGCCGAAGAGCGUGAACAAGGCGGACACGUUCAAGAACAGCCCGUUGGCGCCGAGUGGGAUAUGGCAGGUUUUGAGGGAGGAGGCGUUGAGUCUGGAAGAGGAGGAUGCGGAGGUCGAAGGUGGUGAUGCAGAGAGGGAGGGAGAGCGAGCGGAGAAUGUUACGGUGGAUAAGGGAAAGGGGAAGGAACAUGAGGAGGGGGAGAAUGGGAAGCAAGUCGCAGAAGGUAUAGAUACUACCGCCACCGCCGCCGCUGCCACCACCACCGAAAGAGACAAGCCGGUCCAGCAGGAAGAGAGGCAGCUCGACUUCCACCACGUCAAACUCAGCUUCGAGUGGGAAUCGGAAUGGAAACGGGCUCUGAGCCUCGCGAAGCGCGGGCCUCAGCUUGGUUCGGGCCUCGGGAUGGGUCCGUUCGGAGGAGUUGGGCCUGGGGGCCCUGCCGGCACUGGUGGGUUUGGAUUGGGCGGGAUGGGACCUGGGCAUGGGGGUGGGUUUGGUAUGGGAGGACCGGCGGGGGUGAUGGGAGGGCUGGGUGGUGGAUUUGGCGGGAUGGGUGGUGGUGGAUUGGGAGCGGGCGCGGGCGCGAAUACGAGGGCGCAGGAGAGGGAGACGGUGAGGCCCACUGAGGCGUUCAGAUUAGGAAGUUUGGAAGGGGUUUGGGAGGGACUUUUCACCUACACGGAAUUCACGGCGUACGCCGCACUCCUCUCCGGCGCCCCUCCACCCACACUUCACCGUUCGCUCGUCGCUCGCCAUCAGCAAACCUGGAAACUCCGCGAAUACCACCUUCUCGGUCCCGAAGAACCGAACGAACCCCAGAGCGGCAGCACGGACACGAACACCAACACGAACACCAACACCGCGAACGUACCCGAUCGGUACCGCCCGCUCUCGAUGGGAGACCCGCUGAGGGCGCAUUUACCUACGGGAGUGGAUAUCAGCGUCGUUGGUGGUGGGCAGGAGAGGUUGGAGGUGAGGGAGCCGGGGAGGAGGGGGAUGUUGGUAUAUCAUAGGUGUCCUGGUUUACCGUCUGUGCCCACGACCGACCCUCCGAAUCCUUCGACAUCCAACGCGUCGCCUCCACCCACUACCACGCAAGACGAAAUCGAGCCGGUCGCACAGCCCGCCUAUCAGCGCCGCGUGCGCGAAGUGCUCAUCACGGGCGAAGGCCACUCCGCCUGGGGCCAGUUCAACCUCGUCGGCCGUGUGCGGCCCUACGACGGGUUCGUGAGCUUGAGCAAGGAGUAUCUGGACGGGGACCGGGGGAAGUGGUUGUAUCGCGGGUUUUUGGUGGGAGAUAAGUAUGGGAGUUUUACGGGGAGGUGGAGGGAUACGUUGAGCCCGGCGGCGGUGCCGGGGUAUGAGGGGUGUUUCUUUAUGGGGAGGAGGAGGGGGUGAGGUGGGUUGGUGGGUGAGUGUAGAGGGGAAUUGUGCGGUUUGUUGUGAUUUUUGAGUUUGUCGCGGACUGUUUGAUUCUUUCUUGAUUGUUUCUUUCUCGGGUUCGAAGGCCUCGUCUCUUGAUAUGGUAUGCUGUCCAUCUGAGUUUCUUUAAUCUCCAUCCCCAUGCUUUGGAUUCCUUUCUUGAUUACACCCCUCCCUCUUUUCGGGAGCUGCCGUGUUUGCUGCUGACUUCUUUGUCUGUUUUUGUGUCUCGUCGUUACUCGCUCUCCGUCGUUGCUCUUUUCUUGCUUUUCUGUCACAUUAUCUAUCCCACCUUAUAUCUCCCUCUCUCCCUCCCUCUCUCUACCUCUCGACUCGCGAACUCGAACUCAUUCUUAGGAUCUCUGUUCUAUAGUCCAUGCUUUUCAUGUGCAUUGUUUGGUGUCAAUCUGUACAUUUCCGGUCUCGUACGUACAUACAUACAUCUAUCUCGUCUUCCUCCCGUCUGCGCCCUCGUCCUCCUGACUUCGAGAGUCGCACGAUAGGUCAUGUUUCUUGAUGUACACACACUGUAGGUAGUGUAUGAGUAUUGUCGAUAGUCAUGCCGUCGAUGAUCGUGUUUUGUUCGUAUUCUAUUCCCG